AUGAACGAAUUUUUUGGAACUCUUAUAAGAAUUUCCAGAAAUAAUCGGAUUUUGAGAUUUUUAAAAAAAAAUGUUUCAGGACUCUCAACCAACCUCCCAACCAAUCAUUCCGAAGAAGAAGAAGAAGACCAACAACCCUCAUAUUCUCUGAAGAGAAAGAGAGAAGCAGCAUUGAAUCAGGAUCAGAAAGAUUCGGAAAGUUUUAUUGAAGAAGAGCAGGAUCAAGAAUCAUCGGAAGAAGAGGUUCGAAAUGAGUUGAAAAAGUCAAAGACAUGGAAUGAUGAAGUGUUGGAUUUGAAAUAUUUAUUACUACAACAAUACGAAGAUAAUUUUCCAAAGAAUGGUGAUGAAGUAUUUAUCGAACAAAUUCACGAUGAGAAUAGUCAAGUUACCGUUGAGGACCAAACUGACGCAAUUCACAGCAAAUAUGAUCGAAUUUGGCAAGUUCGUAAAGUGAGACACAUGUUGUCAAAUGUUAUUCUUGGUAUUGAGAACUGGUCCAGCACCGAUUCAUUGAAAUGUUUCGACAUUCAUUCUGAGCAUUCAAGAGAUGAAGUGACAAGCAAUGAAGAGCAGGCCAAGAAAAAGGAGCGUGUCAUCAAAUUUUUCUCGGAAUUGUUCAAGAAGAGAGAAUCGAUAGAAUCAAUAUCACUAUUUCUAGCUGACAAAAUGGUUAAACGAUGUCAGAUACACGAUGAAGAGUUUAUCAAAAAAUUGAUUCAAUCGAAUUUGAGAUUUGAAAAUGAACAACUUUUGGAUAAUGUGGGUUGGGAUCUAUCUGGAAAGACUUACAAUACGGCAGAAAAUUGGAUCAAAUAUAUUCUGCCACAAAUUCUCAAAGACCAACGAGAGGAGAAUUUAUUAAGCAACAAUGAUGAAGAAGCUAAAAUUCCAAGCAUCGCAGAGAUUGCCCCAAACAGAUAUCCCAUAAUGCAAUACUCCUUCAUUGAUGCGUUUUACCUUUCUCCUUCAAUGCUGAAACAAGAUUAUGACAUUGAUGAUGAAAUUAGUCAAGAACAAGCGUUGACCUAUUCGGUUGCGUGCUUCGAAGACCUUUCUGAUUAUGAAGACAUUUUCAUAUGCUCGUAUCUAUUUAACAAGACAUUGGCUGAUGAAAAAGAUUUUGGAAACAAUUACGAACCUCCUUUUGUUGAAAUUUUCUUAUACGAUGCCUUACCUGAAAAUGCAGUAGAUCAUCCCUUUCUUCGAAUUCUUGAAAAAACCAUGAGAAUGCAUGUGAAGGGUGGUUCUCACGAGGAGCACCAAGAUAUCGAGGUGUCACACAUGCGGCUUGGCGUUUCCUUAAUGAUUCUGAAUUGUUUAAAUCAAGAGCUCAUUUAUUUACUUCACCGCUCUACCCAAGAGGAAUAUCAAAUGGAAUGUCGAGCUUUAGUAAGGUGUAUUCUAGAUCAGUUCAUAGACGAGCAUGGUUCCAACUACAUAAUUACUGGUGAUACCUCAGUUGAAGUGAUUGAGGACCAUUUAGCGGAAUAUGUCAACUUGGAAGAAAUCACAGAAGACUUGACAAGAACAUUCUCCAAUUAUGACUCUGAAGAAUCUGAGGAAAUUUCAGAUCGAGAUUCAGACGACUAUGAUUCUAUGGAAGAGAUGGAUGAUCAAAAUAUCAUUGAAAAUUGGCAAUCGAGAUACUGUGGACGCAUGGUCCAAGUAGACACGACCGCUAAAACACCCCAUCCUCUGUGGUAUUCUCAUCCCAUCUCUCCUUCUACUUUGAAAACGUACAGAUCGAGCAAAUUAUUCAAUGCUGACACUGUUCCAACCAGCAUUUCAAGUUGUGAAGACUGGUUGUAUCAUGGAGCGGUAGAAGAGAGCACCAGUGUUGCCGAUGAAGAAUGGGUGACUUUGUAUAGAAACUUUAAUCGCCAAGCUCAGGAUGAUGAUGAUGAGGAUGGAUUUAUUCUACCACUGGAUCAUGCCUUUGAGACCAGCAUCGAUAUGAAGCAUCAGAAUCCAGAAAGCGAUUCCCUUCAUAUCGAUUUAAUGAGACUAAUGCGCCAGGCUGGGGUUGUUUCUUGCAACGAAGGAAGUAUUCUAGAAGGAUUCUUUGUUCUUAAAAGCUAUAUCGGAAAAAUUAUUGAAUAUUUGCAAUUAACGAAGAAAAAUAACUUUGUGGACAAGGAUGACAUCAUUUGUGCAAUUAAGGAAUUAAGAUUGGCGAAACUAUUUUCACCAUCGAGGCUUUCUGAAUUGGUUGAACCAAAAUUUAAGGAGUUGCACCCACAAUUCAAGUCACAGCCCUCUAUUCCACCAAAUAAUUUUUCGGAUGCCAUCCAUGAAGAUGUAUCUACAUUUUUUGAAGAGGACGAUCCCGAAGAAACAGCUCGAGAGGAAGUCAGUGUUGAAUAUAACUUGUGUGACUAUGAUACAUUGGUGAACGAUGACACAAUGGCUGAUGACAUUACGCAUUUCCUUAAUGAAAACAAUCCAUCUUACAAUGAUAGCUUUAUUAUGAAUGGGCACGACAAGAUUGGUGUAUACACUCCAUUAAUUCGCAGCAGAUGCUCCUCAUUAUACAAUGAUUUCUUUCGCAUACCAGAAAUGCGCUCCAAAGGUUUAGAAAUUGCCAUGAUUCGUGAGCGUUUAAUAUUGAAGAAUUUUGAAAAUAUUUGUUUGGAUCAUGAUGUUGUGGAAUCGUGGAUUGAAAAUAUUUAUCUUGGAAUUUUGGAAAAUAUGUUUGACCAGACUCACGAAGUAGCCAAAUGUCAAACGCUUAAUGCUUUGUUCUCAACUUGGCCACUUGACGUUCAUGUGAUGUAUAAGAAUUAUCUCGAUGAUGCAGACACAAUUCAACAUCAAGACGGAUUUUCCCAUGAAUAUUUGUUGGACCGUUAUGAUAAGCAUGACAAAUGUUGCACUUUGAAUUUAUUGUGGCGAGAUGAUGAAUCCAAAGACUUCAUACUAUUCAUUCCAUUAUUGGAUGAGGAAUAUGGUAUCCAACAACAAAACGAACAAGAACAUCAAAAUAAUAACAUGGAUGAUCAUCGUGAAUUACUCCGCUCCAAACACAGAAUUGAAUGCAAAGUUCACAAAUUUAUUCUUUCUUCUCGUUCCCUCUAUUUCAAACAAUUAAUGGCAGGAACAUUUAGCGAAAAACAAGUCACAGAGUACAAUGUUAGUGAAUUUAUCAAAUCUAAGAAAACACUUCAAUUAUUUGUGUACUAUCUGUACCACAAUUAUCUUCAUAUGCCACCAUUACCUCACAGUUUUCCAGAUUUUCAACGUGCAAGUUAUCACGAAAUGCAAUACAAACUUGAGGAAAGUCAUCAAAUCAAUACUUACCGUGAAGUUUGCUAUGUAGAUGAUGAUGACGAUCUCGAUGAAUAUUUAGAGAACAAAGAUCAAAGCCAUACAAUGAAUGAAGAAGAUUUGGAGACUUUGGAGGAACAAAGUUGUGUCAUCACGAUCGAUCAUGCAGAAAAUAAUGACAUUUCAGAAAAACAAAAUGUAGAACUAAAUGGAGAAAGUUCAUCCAUCAUGGUUCUUGACAAAUAUGAUAGCGAGAAUGACAAGAACCAUGUUGCAUCUAAAGAAGAUGAAACUACAAAGCAACUCCAAUGUGAAAACAACACGGAGAAAGAUUUUUCCAAAUCACCCAGCUCAGAAUUAAUUGAAUCAAAUGACGCAAAUUAUGAUGAAACUCAAUCAGAGAAUCCUAAUGAACAAAGUACGAUUGAGCAAGUUCAUGAAUUGACACCACCAUUGGAUGUGCAAUCCUAUUUAGAAUUAUUUCAAGCAGCAGACUUUUUCAUGAUUCAAGGUUUGAAAGACCUUGCCGAGCACAACAUUGGCCAAUUGAUUUGCGAUGAGAAUGUGAUUGAACUUCUCAAUCUGGCGUUGGAGAAUAACAACUUUUCAAAACUGCUCACCACCAUUGAUGCAUAUUUACUUUCAUCAUCGAAUAUUGGGUCUCCAUUCCUCACAAAGAAUAUUGCCUCCCAAGAAAUCAUGGAAUAUUAUCAUGCACUCGCAGGGCCAAUCACUCGAGAAAAUGUCGUUGGGCGAUUGAAAUAUGUUUUUGGAGUGCUGAACAAGAUUGCAGCGAAUGAGGAUUCUCAUCAUCUGCAGAACGCAUCUGACAAAUGCGACUCAACCUUAUUACAUGACUUUUAUGUGCAAAGACUAGCCUCCUUUCACAAACAGAAAUUGGUGUGGUUUGUGGUGCGCAAUUUUGAUUUAUUUUCAAAUGACCAAGUUGCCUUACGAGAGCUAAGUGAAAUUCAGUGCACCUUAGUAACUUGUCAAGCAAAAACCAAUGUAUUGAAGGUCGUGGAAUGGCUAUGCGAUCGAUAUGGCUAUACGUUUGAGCUCACAGAACAUACACCACCAGUGAGCAUGACAUCUCAUCAAACAGAAGUAGUGGAACAAGUAACUGAGUAA